AAGCAUGGGGUUUCUAUAGGCUGGAUAUCUGUGUGCAUUUUAAUUUGUAUAACAAUACAGAUUUGUCCUUUUCCAUGACUUUAAAGAAAACCAAAAAGUACAACUGGGGGGAAGUGAAGAAGGGUAUCGUAUGGCAGGAGCAACUUGCAGUGCAGCACAUCAACUUUAAUCAUCCAAUGGGGGUAGGUUUCAUGGAUUUUUAUGAGGAGACCCAAGACGAUAGUCUUUGAGGAACCUUUGAGGGCCUGAGGAUAUUUGCCUGGAGGAGAUAUGCUUGGCGCUCCAAAUAUCUGAUGGGCUGGCAUGUGGAAUCGGAAUCUGCCCAGUCCUGGCAUAGCACGAGGGUCAACAGAUGGAACCCUGGGAGAUAGAUUUCAGCCCCAGCUCCACUCCAGGGAGGCAGCGCCAUGCAGUUCUCCAGCUCAGCCAGGGCAGCAGAUGAGAACUUCGACUAUUUGUUCAAGGUCAUCCUCAUCGGGGACUCCAACGUGGGGAAGACGUGUGUGGUGCAGCAUUUCAAAUCCGGGGUCUACACGGAGACACAGCAGAACACGAUCGGCGUGGACUUCACUGUGCGCUCCCUGGAGAUCGACGGCAAGAAAGUGAAGAUGCAGGUGUGGGACACCGCAGGCCAGGAGCGCUUCCGGACCAUCACCCAGAGCUACUACCGCAGCGCCCACGCGGCCAUCAUCGCCUACGACCUGACCCGGCGGUCCACCUUUGAGUCCGUUCCUCACUGGAUUCACGAGAUAGAAAAAUACGGAGCUGCGAACCUGGUCAUUAUGCUGAUCGGGAACAAAUGUGACCUGUGGGAGAAACGGCAUGUUCUGUUCGAGGAUGCCUGCACGCUGGCUGAGAAAUACGGCCUCCUUGCUGUUUUGGAGACAUCAGCUAAGGAGUCCAAGAACAUAGACGAAGUCUUCGUGCUCAUGGCCAGGGAGCUGAUCGCCCGCAACAGCCUGCAGCUGUAUGGGGACGGCGCCCUGAACCACCUGCCCCUGGACUCCAGUCCAGUCCUUAUGGCCCAGGUGCCAAGUGAAAAGACCCACUGCACUUGCUGAGUGUGGUCACCCAGCCAAUAGCACCCACCAGAGGGCAUCGCUAAACCAAAGGUGGCGGGUCUUCUAGUGUCUGCUGAGUAGCAUUUCAGACCCAAGUGUAGACUUGCCACUAGUUCUCAAUCCUGGGUUCAGACCAGAGGCCACAACAGCUGACUCUGAGGCCAGGGGAUACCACUGUCCUUUCCGAUUUUGCCUUGGACCUAAAAGCACAGGGUUAGGAGGACAAGGUUUUCUCUUUUUCAUCUCUUUUCUGUCUUCCCAACCCUUCAACUAUGUUUCCACUGACCUUUGCUUCUCACUUGAAGAAGAGGGUAGUGAGAAAAGAUCAAAGAGGGGCGAGGAUGCUUGGAACACUCCGGAACAGUUUAAAACAGCUUGGUCAUGGGCAGAUGAGAAAAAAGCCUGCAGUGAUAAGUCAGAAUGCCGUUAACAUUUGCUUCCUGAUAGUCACACCUCAGGGUUUUAGUUUGGGGAGCAAAGCCUUUUGAUAUAAAGACCAUAAAUACCUCUUGCCAAAUGGUCAGGAGCCAUGUGAUGGAGACAGAACUGGAUUUCACUUCAUUCUAUUUGGGCUGAUGUGGGAGACGUCUACAGUUCCUUUCCAAAACACCACGUUGGCUGCUGGAUCAGAAGGCAUUUCUGAAUAGUAAUUAAUUUGGCUCACAGGUGAAUAGCAAACCAAUAUUGACCUCACAGUAUGGCCCUGGGCACACCAUGUACCUGUAGCACACUGGUUUUUCUUUUUUUUUUCUUUUUUAAAAUAUAUUUUAUUGAUUUUUUACAGAGAGGAAGGGAGAGGGAUAGAGAGUUAGAAACAUCGAUGAGAGAGAAACAUCCAUCAGCUGCCUCCUGCACACCCCCUACUGGGGAUGUGCCCGCAACCAAGGUACAUGCCCUUGACUGGAAUCGAACCUGGGACCCUUCAGUCCGCAGGCUGACGCUCUAUCCACUGAGCCAAACUAGUCAGGGCCACACUGGUUUUUCAAAGUUCCCCCGAUGGUUGUUGCUGAACUGCAUCUUACAGUCACAGUAAGAACCACAAAGGCCUGUCCAACCACAUCAGCUCCAAAAAAGGGAAAUGUCUCUGGGAGCUCUCCCUGGGCCCAGGUGAGUGCCCACAGGCAUUUCUCAUUGAUAGCAGCACAAUCAAUAGGCUGAACCUACCUUCCGUUAAUGGCUCACACCAAUUUCCCUUCAUUUCUCUGCACAUCAGUCUCAACCAACACUGAAAACCUCAUCAGCAUCCAGGGUUAUGCACUCAGGAUUAUCUGGAAUUGAAAUGUUCCUACCAACAGGCUAGACAUGUGAAAACGGGGUCGCCUGAACACCAGGAACCUGUGAUUAACCACCUGGGCUUCUGUUGAAAUGAUGGGGCUGUGACAGAAACCCUCGAGGGGUUUGGUUACCUGGCCUGAGCGGUCUGGUUACCUGGCCUGGGAACCAGCUCAGGCAGGCUCCUCUCUGUAGCUGUGGUCUCAGAAAGCUACAUGUUAGCUCAGUUCUGGCAUAUUUCUCACACUCCCAAAGCUGUGUCGUUGAUAACAAGUUAUGUGAAAUUAAGUUACAAGAGACAUUUCAGAAGAAUAAAAAGAUUGUGUCUUCA